AUGAGGCGCCAUUCCAGGAACGUCGUCCGCCCCACCAAAUACCCUAGUGCCAUUUCGGACUCAACAACAGCUCUUCAACUCAAAGGCCUUCGCCGCCAUUUCCAACACCACCUGUCAAUGGAUUAUUCUUCAGGUUUUGGCUCAGAGCCAGGCCUUUUCGGUGACCCUACCGAGCAACCUUUUGCCCAACACCGCCCCUCGCAAACUCAAUCUGAGCCCUCCGCAACUCUCAUCGGCGAUGAUCCUAUCGGGAGUCCUGGAUUUGCCACACCUUAUUCUCCCCAUAUCCGCCAGUCAAGUUCCGACGACCUAGGCCACUCAGGAUUCGCCAGUCAAACACCGAUUACUCCCGGAUUUCAGGAUGACGGUGGAUUUAGAAGCCCGGGAUUUGCUGGCGACGAUAGUCCUGUUGAGAGUCCUAAAACUCUAGCUCAUCCAGAUCAGCAGCAACAUCGGCAAGAGCAACAACAGGGCGGAGAGCAUAACCAGAGACCUGAAGCUCAAGGUCAGGGGAGCGUCCGAGGCCAGCAACAGAGACAAGUCCCACAAUAUAAGCUACAUGCCAAAAUAAUAGCUCUCGAAAGGACCGGGAGGAAAGACCCCAUCCUAAGAUUUGAUGUGCACACAAACCUUCCCAAAUUCCGCACUACGCAAUUCCGUGAUGUUCGACGUACACACCCGGAGUUCCAGAAGCUCGCAAAUCAUCUCUUGUCUAGUAACCCCGAAUGUUUUGUGCCUGCCGUUCCACCGCAGUCUACUUCGGCAGGUGUUGGAACAGACGAGGAUGAGACCCGUGUCCGUGCAAGUAUGCAGCGGUGGCUCAACACCGUGUGCUCAAACGAGGUUCUUAUGCGUGAUGAAGAGAUGGUUUUCUUUGUUGAGAGCGAUUUUGGAUAUAGUCCCGUAAUCAGGAGAAAGCAGCCCGCUACGGGUGUUCGACGGCGAGUUAUCAAGCAAUUCGCUCCGCCUCCGGAUGACACCCCAGAACUAGAGACAGCAAGACCUGUCGUUAAGGCAUUCUACCUGGGCACUAUGGAAACUGGGCAGAAAGUUGACCGUAUGGUUAGGAGCCGGAGAGGUGUUGGUCUUGCCGAAUCGGAUUUUGGAGCCCGCUUGUUGGCAAUUUCGCAAUCCGAAGCGCACCAGGGCAUGGCCAAUGCCUUCCGCAAACUCGGCAAGAUUAUCCAAUCAGUGGGAGAUUUUCACGCGGCGCAAGCCACAUCAGAAGCCACUACCUUAGGGGACCCCCUCACAUAUCACUCUGCAGACGCAUUCAUCGUUAAGGAAACACUUACAAACCGCCAAAUCCUCAUGCGAGAGCUCGAGUCUGCGAGAAAGGAUACUCGUGGCAAACUCCAAACAAUGGAGUUACUCAAAGGCAAGGGCGCAAUCAAGCGUGACAAAGUCGAUGAAGCAUUGGCGGCGCUCGAGGAAGCGAAAAGCAACGAAGCACAUCUAGGCCAGAAGGUAAAAAGGGUAACAGAUAACCUUGUCCGGGAACGUAGGAAAUGGUUCGCCAGAACGAGCAAGGACCUCCGAAACUCGAUCCGCGAUUACUGCUUUCGCCAGAUCGAAGCGGAGCGUAGAACGCUCGCCACUCUCGAAUCUGUCAGACCGGAUAUUAGGGCCAUUGAUCAGUCCGGCGGCCUUAGUAGGUUAGGUCGUAAUGCACCACCGGCUAGUCGAAGAGCAAGCAUAGCGACGAGUCAGGGGCCCCGGGGGGAUGCUUGGAGCGGUGUGCAGAGGGUCGCUGGCGUGAAGCGGGGAGUGGAGGUCCUGAACGGGGGUGCGGCGAUUACAACCCCGGUUCCUGGCGCUAUAAAAGAAGAGGAGGAAGGAAUGGGUGAUGAGGAUAGGUUGGAUGCGAAGAAUGCUGCGAGCAGGCUUGCUGGUAGUACCUUUUAAACCCACACCCUCUCUCAAUGGAUUGCUUGACGUUGUCAUUGUUCCACUUUCCUUUUGUAACCCUCAUGUGUUCGGGAGGUUGCGUUGUUGUUUCUCCAUCCCCAUAUAUAUUAUUCAGCGAUGUCUUCUCUUUUUCCUUUUUUUCCUUUUCGGCAAAAAAGCUCGUUCACUGC